AAAUAGUGAUUGAUAAACUAGCGGUAUAUUAUUUAUUAUUUAUGAUAAAUAUUUGACAAAUAUUACUAAUAAUUCAUACUUAUAGUUUUAUUCUCCUUGUAUUGGUGAUAAUUCUUAUAAUACACAUACAUACAUAAGCGAAAGUUUAUACGGGAUAUGAUAAAUAAAAAAAUAUGAAUCAACAGACUACAUUAAACAAGUAUUUUAAAAUAAAAGACAAUACAUUUAAAAAAAUGGAUACAAACCGGAAAAAGAAACAUAACUUAAGUAUAACUAGAACACCUGUAAAAUCGCCUAAAGUAACAAAUGAAAACAAAAAUGUGAUUGAUUUAAUUAGUGAUGAUGAUGAAGAAUCAAUAAGUUCUAAAACAUGUGAUCUUGAUCAGAGUCGGAAAAGCUCAUCUGAAUCAACAUUGGUCUACACACCUGAAAUGCUGCGAAAAUCCUCUGCAAUACAUUCAUCCUGUGAAGAUAUUUCAAAUAAGUCUUCACUCUCACCUGCCUCUGAGCACAAAUCUUCAAAUAAAUCAUCACCAAGUUUUCGUAGUCCAUCAACAAGUCGCAAAUACUAUUCGCCCACCAAAAAAAGAAGUAUUGCAGUUAGAACACCUACCAAAGCUAAAAGAAAUCUUUGUUAUACCCUAUCAAAAUGUGGUAGCGAAAAUAUUUUUAAUGAUGAGGAGUUCCUUCAAGCUUCGAAAGAUCUGGAUGACUCAACCAUUUUUCUGUUAAAAAUAAUUUACCAGUUUUUAUGUACCGAUAGCUUGAAACCACUCUUAGGAGAAAGUAGUUGUAAUCUCCUGUCGAGGGGAAUGCAAUUAAAAAAGCCUGGCAUGAGAUUAGUAUGUAGAUUGUAUUGGCAGCAGGAAGGAUGGCGUAGGUGGGAUAAAGUGAAGAAGAUCAUGAUUGGCAAACUAAAUUUUGAUGAUCCAACUGUACAUGAAGCAAUUAACUCUCUUAUAGAAAGUGGAUAUAUUUCUGUAGCAAAUAUUAAUAAUGGUGAAAAAAUUGAUUUUGAUGAGUUGGUAAAAAUGCUUAAGCUGGAUGAAUUGAAGUUAAUGUGCAAAGAGUUUAAAAUUAAAACUACAAAGAAAGAGGAUGCUGCGCAGUCAUUGAAAAAUUUUUGCAAUAAGAAAACAAAUAUAACAAAUUACUUUGUUGGUAGUAAAAGCACAAAUGAAACUCGAGUUUUGAAUUUACUGCGCUCCAAAGUAGGUCCAUGUUAUAAACUGAAAGAUGAGGCUCGGAACACACUUAAGGAGCUCUAUAUUCUCAUGUACCUUGGAAUAGAUUAUAGUAUAAUAAAAGAAAAGAGACUAGAAUUAAUGCUUCUCAAUGAUAAAUCUAAUAGGGAGACUUAUCCCAUUGAUAAAGAUAUGGAAGUUGAUAAUGCAAGUUUAGUAUUCAAAAAUAGAGAACAAUUUUUAAGUUACAUUAAUGCUGGUUCAUUAUAUGAAGAUAUCGAGGAAGCUACUGAGCUGUCUAAGAAGUGUGAAAAGAUUAAACAAGUCUAUGAUCUUUACAACAAAAUAAGCAAAGAAGAUAUGAUGAAUUACAUCUCGCUACCGGUGUGGCUCCGCCGGUACACACCGGCAUACAUAUAUGUGAAAAUUAUGGAAGCUGGAAUUCAGGAAUUGAAAAAAUCAAAGGUCGAAAUCAACAUAGUUUUAGCUGUCGACAUACUAUCGACACUAUUAAAGCAAACCGCCUUCAGACAACACAAGAGAGCGGAAUGGUAUUCGGAGAAGGCGCUCAUCCUCGACAAAUUAUUGUCUCUUCCUGAGAAGGCAGCUGAAGUACUAUUGGAAGGUUUCAACUCGAACAUUCCAGAAAUGUAUCUAGAUUCCAUGCGACCUCGAGCUAAAUUGUUAGCGAAACGACAGACAUGUUCCAUAAGCUCGGCUUUAAAGGUUCAGCUACUUGCACGAGCGGAAAAAUAUGAUAUACUGGAGAAGAAUAUAAAAGCGGUGCACAUUUACAAACAGCCAAUGUAUGAUGGUGGUAGAGGGAAAAUUAAAUUCGAGACGCGCACCGCCGACGGUCUGCUGGUGCACGAAGCUGAGGAGUAUUGCAUGUACUGCUACAUUAAGGAUGGAAAAUACACACACGGUGGUCACUGGGAAGGCAGGAUAGUGACAACAAUAUUCUUCCUGUUAUUCUGGGAUAUAAUAUACGCACCGCUGAAAGGUGUUCGUGGGAUUUUCUUGUCCCACUACCAGACUUACCCCCUGGACAUGUUCUGCGAAGAUUUCUACAACAACAGGAAAGCGUUGAUCGAUGAAAGACUUAAAGAAAUAGAGGAGUCCACGGCUGAAGAAAUUUUGAGUAAAAUUCAAACUGCUUGGGAGAGUAGACCGGAAUCGGAGCUGUCGGGCGUGUGUCGCGCGGUGAGCUGCGCGAGUGUGUGUGCGGUGGCCGCGCGCCUGUGUGCGCCGCGCGUGGCGCGCGUGUGUGCGCGGCUGGCGGCGCACUACGCGCACGCGAGCGCCGGCUUCCCCGACCUCACGCUGUGGAACGAGCGCUCCGCCGAGAUUGCAUUCGUGGAGGUGAAGACCGACUCGGACAAGCCGUCCAUGAAGCAGAUACAGUGGAUGCACUAUAUGAAGCAGCACGGCAUCAACACCGAGUUCUGCUACGUCGGCGUCAACACCACCAGGGCCAGGUCCAGAAACACGCAGGAGCUGGAAGAAGACUAGUUAAGCCGAAAAGACUAGUUAAGCCGAAAUAUUAAAAAUGGUUAUGUACUACUAAAUAAACCACUGGUGUUCAUAAUAUUAUUAUAUAUAUAAAUUCAUAAUAGGAAAGGCAGACUAGCAACUGGCUUACAUGAUGGUAGGUGGUCACCACUGCACAUACCUGAGAUCUAAGAUGUAUUUUUUGCUAGUGUAAGGGCUUGUCUAUAAUGAAAAAUAUUAUUAUAUUUCUAAAGAAAACUGGCGUUCAUAUCAAAACACUUCUAAUAAUGUUUAUGUUAAAUAAACUAAAAUUUAUUUGCAUUUUAAUAAUUUGUUUAAGAUAAGUGUUUAAGAAGAUUAUGAUUGAAUAAUAGAAAUUAAGCUAAUAGUGAUUAACAUUUUUAAUCAAUGCAUAACUACAGAGUCAAUUUAAAAGAAAAUAUAACAGCGAUGUUUGAAAAAUUUAAUUUAAUGAAUGUUAUAACAUUAUGUUACUUACAUAAUAACUGUGUUAAAAGUAAGAAAUUAAAAAAUUUCAACAUAUUUUUUGAAGCAAAAAAUGUGAUUUUUGCUCAUGUUCUACGAAAUUAAUUUCAUGUAAUUUUAAAUGUAAAUCAUUUGUUUUUAUAUAUAAUUGAGAAAUGACCUAAAAACUAAAUAUUUGUGUGUUUGUUUAGUUUAUAAAAUUAGAAGCUGUGACAGAAUUAAAAUUAUAUUUUUGAUACUAGCAGUAAGAUUAGAUGAUAAUAUAUUACUAAUUCGCUUUUAGCCACCGUUAAUGAUAAUCCAUUUCCGAUGUUAUCGAAUUUAUCUUAAUCUUAAUUGUGCAUAGAUACCAUAUAAAUUCCAGCUUGAAUAUAUUCCAUAUUAUCAACAAAAUGUUAACAAUAUAUUUUAUAUAUAUAAAAUAAUUGUCUUUAAUGACCAAUACUAUUAUUUAUUAUUAUUAUUAAAUUUACAUUAUUAAUUUUUAUUAUUUUAGUCAAAUUUAAAAUAAUCCCUCCCGAUUCCCACCCGACACAAAGCUGCCCAUAAUGCAGGCUGCAUUUCCGCGCUGUAUGGCAAUGGACAACCUUUGUGCCAAGUGAGACCCGGAGCGACUGUCAAUUAAAUAUCAAAUAUUACUAAUUAUGAUUUUAUUUCUUGAUUUCAAAAAUGGUGCUGUGAGGUAGAAAUUGAAGUUUAUGCUAAUUGUCUCUUAUUAUAUUCUAUUUUGUAUGUGUUCUGGUUAGUAUAUUUUGUUUAGAAAUAAAAUGUUAUUGAAAU